AUGCAAAAGCCAACGCAUAAAUGCGGCUGGUCAGAGACGAAAUCUCUGUUUGCCGAUAUCAGAGGAUGGUCGAAAUUUGAUGCUGUUUUCUUCGUUAGUUCAUUGACUGGUGAGGGUAUCGAUUCGUUGAGGGAACAUCUUUUCCGAAUUGGUGAAAAUAAGGCGCAUCGGUUCGAUGAAAAUACGAUAACAACAAAAAAGCCGCAAGCAAUUUGCGAGGAUGCGAUUAGGGCGGAGCUCCUUGAUAGU